AUUCAGUACAGCAAGAGUACUUCCGUUCCGUGACAACAAYUACUUCCUCCUUCUGAGUGGUCGUGGCCUUGCUGAAGUCAUACCUGUCACCCAUGCAGCGCUGCCUGACUCUGACCCUUGCUCGGCACAGCAGACUCCUUUUGAAAGAUAAAUUUGCAAGUGCGUACUGCCAGCGGUCAGCUGCCAUGUCAAGUCUUCUUAUCAAUCAGCCCAAAUACUCCUGGCUGAAAGAGCUGGGUUUGUCCGAGGACAACCCUGGUGUUUACAACGGAAGCUGGGGAGGCAGUGGGGAGGUCGUCACRUCUCACUGCCCCGCCAACAAUGAGCCAAUUGCCAGAGUUACUCAGGCUACUUUGGCAGAGUAUGAAGAAACCGUCCAGAAAACGAGGGAGGCCUGGAAGGUGUGGGCAGAUAUUCCAGCGCCGAAACGAGGGGAAAUUGUAAGGCAGAUAGGGGACGCACUAAGGAAGAAGAUUAAAGCGCUUGGAAGUCUGGUCUCUCUUGAAAUGGGCAAGAUCUACGUUGAGGGAGUGGGCGAAGUUCAGGAGUAUGUUGAUGUCUGUGAUUAUGCUGUUGGACUAUCUAGGAUGAUUGGCGGACCUAUUCUUCCUUCAGAAAGGCCAGGGCAUGCGCUCCUCGAGCAGUGGAACCCGGUCGGUCUCGUCGGCAUCAUCACUGCCUUUAACUUCCCCGUGGCCGUCUACGGUUGGAACAACGCCAUCGCUUUGACAUGUGGCAACGUCUGCCUCUGGAAAGGUGCCCCGACCACUCCUCUCACAAGCGUUGCAGUUACCAGGAUUGUGGCAGAAGUGCUGGAGCAGAACAACCUGCCGGGCGCCAUCUGCUCCAUGACCUGCGGCGGCGCCGACAUCGGCACCGCGAUGGCAAAGGACGAGCGGGUGGAUCUGCUGUCUUUCACCGGCAGCACCCACGUUGGUAAGCUCGUGGCCAUGAUGGUGCAGGAGAGGUUUGGACGCAAGCUGCUGGAGCUCGGCGGAAACAACGCCAUCAUCGUGUUUGAGGACGCGGACCUGAACCUCGUGGUGCCCUCGGCCGUCUUUGCCUCUGUGGGAACUGCUGGUCAACGYUGCACCACGACUAGGAGGCUGAUGCUGCACGAGAGCGUCCACGACAUGGUGGUUGAGAGAAUAGCCAAGGCCUACAAACAAAUUCGCAUCGGCGAUCCCUGGGACCCCAGCACCCUCUACGGUCCUCUGCACACCAAACAAGCCGUGGCGCAGUAUCUGGCUGCUGUCGAACAGGCCAAGCAGCAGGGCGGCACUGUGGUCUGUGGAGGAAAGGUGAUGGAUCGUCCUGGAAACUACGUGGAACCCACCAUCAUCACAGGACUGGCUCACGACGCACCCAUCGUCCAUACCGAAACCUUCGUCCCCAUCCUCUACGUCCUCAAGUUCAAAACAGAGGAGGAGGCCUUUGCUUGGAACAACGAGGUCAAGCAGGGUCUAUCUAGCAGCAUCUUCACCAAAGAUAUGGGGAGAGUUUUCCGUUGGCUGGGGCCCAAAGGAUCUGACUGUGGUAUCGUGAAUGUCAACAUUCCUACRAGUGGAGCAGAAAUCGGAGGAGCCUUUGGGGGGGAAAAACACACGGGCGGUGGCAGAGAGUCAGGCAGCGACUCCUGGAAGCAGUACAUGAGGCGCUCGACGUGCACAAUAAACUACAGUAAAGAUCUUCCUCUGGCCCAAGGCAUUAAGUUUGAGUGAAGCUUUCAGAUCCUUCGAGUUCGAGCACCAAUGUUCACAAAGGGCAACACUAAAUAUUUUUAGUCAUUGCGUUGUAGAAUAUAAGGAAAAGAUUUGUCAUCUUGUGUUAAAAUAGGUCAGUUCAAAUUAAUAGUUUGAAAUUUCUGCUGUAUUGAGUCAUGAUUCUGGAUUUAAACCCGUUAAUGUUUUGUCCUAAAGGUCAAAUCUUGGUCCCACAAAAUUUCUGUUCACUUUUCUACAAGCGCUUAAAAUUACUCUUGCUGACUGCAUCUGAUAUUUUAUACUGUAAUAAAUGAAUAAAUCCCACCUAUACUGUAUUUUGAAAAAUACAACUGUGAUUGACAAUAUUUCCUGGACUGCCUGUAAGUUUUUACGGUAGUAUGUGAAACACUGGCUGUAGCCUGGUUAUAAUUUGCUUUAAAACAUUCAACAAAAACUAGUAAAAAAUAAAGGCUUUGUGCUGACAUGG